AAACCUGCCACACAAGUUAGAAGAAGAUUCCUACGAGUGAACUUUUUUCCUUUAGUCUGUGAUGUCCACAAGGAAAAUAAGCUUGUAUGGACUUCAGCCACCUUGAAGGCGACAAGUUGUGACUUGGAGGACGGAAAAGUUCGGUGCGAAGGAAGAAGUUGCUGUUUGGGCGCUCUCCUGGCUCGUUGAAUCAAAUGACCGAGGUUCGAUGUCGGCCGUGGGGGGAUCUGCCCAAACAUGGUCCCGUGGAGCUGUGGACCCUCCAGUCCCACCAAGUGCGUGUGGAGGUCCUGACUCUUGGGGCCAUCAUCAGGUCCGUGUGCUGCAAAGGCAAAGACGGUCAGAUGGAAGAUGUCGUCUUGGGCUUUGAUGACUUGGAAGGUUACGUGUCGGACAAGCGGCAUUUUGGAGCAGUGGUGGGCCGUGUGGCCAACAGGAUUGCACAAGGACGCUUUGAAGUGGAUGGAAAAACAUAUCAAUUAGAUAUCAACAAUGGGCCACAUGCCCUGCAUGGGGGGCUGCGAGGCUUCAGUAAGGCUAUGUGGCUUGCUUCAGCAGUGGAGGGUGGAGUCCGAAUGAGUCUUUCCAGUCCAGAUGGAGACCAGGGCUACCCUGGACAGAUGGAGGUUUCUGUUACUUACACCUUGCAGGGGGAAAAACUGACGGCAGAGUAUCAAGCCUGGUCUUCUAAAACAACACCGAUCAACCUCACCAAUCACUCCUACUUCAACCUGGCGGGACAGGCUGCGUCCACCAUCUACGACCAUCAAGUGUCCAUAAACGCUCACUUCUACUUGCCGGUGGACGACACGUCCAUCCCCACAGGAGAGAUGAAGGCCGUGGCUGGCUCGCCUUUCGACCUCAGGAAGCCCCUUCUGAUUGGCCCUCGGCUAAAGGAGGUUCCGGGUGGAGGAUUUGACCACACCUUUUGUCUGGCCUCGCCUGGAGACCCGUGGGCCGAGAGACUCGUGGCUAGAGUUCAUCACGCAGCCAGUGGGCGGAUCCUGGAGGUUUCAACCAGCCAACCAGGAGUCCACUUCUAUACGGCCAACGUCUUGGAUGGCACAGUAACAGGAAAGGGCGGAGUCAAACAUGGAAAGCACCGUGCCUUUUGUUUGGAGACUCAGAAUUGGCCUGAUGCUGUCAACCAGGCUUCAUUCCCUGACUGUCUCCUGCGUCCGGGCGAGGAAUAUCGACACCUGACUUCUUUCACGUUCACUUGUGCUGACUGCUGAUUCAGCAGAUUUCACGCCGCUAACAGCGAUAAUGUGGAACCUUGUCGCUCGGAAACAUUCCCUUUGACUUCCAAAGACCAAAUGGUACGGACAUGAAGCCGUCAUCCAUCCAGUUUCUCCAGCGCUUCUCCUGGGUAGGAUCCAGAGGUCCAUCCUUCCACUCCAGUGGGCAUCUUCUUGUGACUUGAGUCCAAAGGUGUGUACUCUGUACUCUAUUCCACGAGCACAAGGACUCUUCACUUUUGGUCAGUGACAAAUCCAAGAAUGGAAAUGUUUUUUCCAAUAAAUCUCCUUAUGCACCAAA